CUAUUGAAAUGAAAUGCAGAACUGUACACAACUUUGCUCAUGGUUUUUCGUAUGCAGAUGAAAGUAGUCUAAUUCUACGAAUUGAGGAUGAUGAACAAAGAGCAAUCGUGCUGCAAAUAGUAAAGAUUUGGACAUCUCCCAGAGCAUUGAGAGUAACCAGAGAAAACGAUAAAAACGAUAUGAACUACAGAUUUCCACUCGAUAGUAACAAGUAAACAAUCCUUGUGACCGUCGUCAAGCCUCCAUAAGUAGGAGUAGUAUGAUAAGUAAGUUACCGCUAAUCACUUUGCCCACGGUUAAUCUAGCUAGCCAAGCCACGCCACCGACUUCCGGCGAUGUCCAACAACAACGGCAACCCCGGGUACUACAACAACAGGAACGCCGGCGAUCAGUCGGACUACAAGGCGACGAUCGCCAUCCUGUUCAGCGUCUUCUUUGUCGUCAUCCUCAUCAGGCUCAUCCACUUCAUCAUCAACCAGUCAAACAACCGCGCUCCGGCGAACGGUGGCGCCGCCGCUACUAGCGACAGGCGGCUGGGAGGCGGCGGCGGCGUUUCACGUGUGCCGGCCAGACUUCCCCGUCAGCGUCCGGGCGGCGCCGGCGCCGGCAACGGCACCGCUAUGGCGUGGCAGCCACCGCCGUGCACCAGCACGUACCGGAGGGACGACGGGUGGAAGGAGACGGCGUGCCCGGUGUGCCUGUCGGAGUUCGCCGACGGCGAGCUCAUCCGGCUGCUGCCGGAGUGCAUGCACUACUUCCACGCCGCCUGCAUCGACGAGUGGCUGCGCACGCGCGCCACCUGCCCGCUCUGCCGCGCCGCGCCCGCCGGCGAUGUCUCCACGGCGUGACAUAAUGCUAGCUCUUGU